AUGGCGAGUCAUAAGCAAAUUGUGGAUGAUGCCUACAAGACCCCAUUACAAUCCCACUUGAGCUAUAAAGACAAGACGGCUGUGGUUACAGGUGGUGCCAGAGGUAUUGGACUGGCUUUGGCUCGCCAGGUAGCAGAAUUGGGAGGGAAUGUUGCGGUGCUGGACUACCUUCCGCAGCCCGAUGACGAAUUUCACGAGUUAGAGAAGGUUUUUGGCAUCAAGGCCCGGUAUUACCGCACAGAUGUGACCGAGAAAGAAUCACUAGAAAAUUCAGUCGCUCAAGUCGUUGAGGAAUUUGGGCGAAUCGAUGGAUGCGUUGCUGCGGCGGGUAUUGUCUACGAUGCACCGUUCCUUGAAGAUACUUGGGAGAGCGUCACCCGGGCUCAGAUGGUCAAUGUGGUCGGCACUUACUUCAGCGCCCAGUUGGCUGCGAGACAAAUGGAGACUCAAGGCACCGGAGGCAGCAUUGUGCUGAUUGCGUCCAUCUGUGCUCACCAAACUCUGCCGACUCAGCAUGUCUCCGCAUAUUCUGCUUCUAAAGGGGCUGUCAAGGCUCUAGGCCAUGCACUAGCUGUUGAACUUGGACCGAAGAAUAUCCGUGUGAACACUAUUUCUCCAGGAUAUAUUUAUACUGCAAUGAUCGAAGGGGUUAUGGAGCAGUUCCCAUCUCUCGCAGCUCUCAUGAAAGAAGACCCCCCACUUGGUCGUAUAGGCAAUCGGGCGGAUAUCAAAGGUGCAGUUGCCUACUACUUGAGCGAUGCAUCAUCUCCACCUACGACUCUGGCCAAGUGA